UACAACUUGGAAAAUCACUGCGAGAGAAGAGAGAGCCCCCUCUAUGAUCCAGAAAGGUCGUUCACUCCGAUCCAGCCCCGGAAGAGAAGACACAACUACACGCUGUCACAACACAAAAGACGCACAUAUUCGAAAGAAGGUUCCCUGAAGUUCUAGCCAUGACAUGGACUGUCAAGAGUAGAAAAUGAAAUCACAAGGACCAUUAAAUAUCCGUUGUUGUCUAACCGAUAUGGAAUUAUAUCCGCCGAUCACGAGAACACUUGUUUAAACGCCGACUCGUGUCGAAAGCUGCCGACAACAAGAGGACUUCAUGGUCUCCAGUAGUGGUUGAGGAGGUGGUCUGUCUGCACGCAGCAUCCCACCCCCAGCAUGGAUGAUCCUCCUGGGCCACAACCAUCAUACUCUUCCUCCCAUCUCACUGGCUCCACCACCACCACCUCUCCUUCUCCUCCACCACCAAGUCUCUGAGGCUGAGUAAACCUAGCCGGGCCUCCACCACCCCACCAUCACCCCACCACCACCCAGACCCAACCACCCCACCACCACAGUGGGUCUUCAGACCCAACCACCCAACCACCCCACCAUCACCCCACCACCACCCAGACCCAACCACCCCCCCACCACAGUGGGUCUUCAGACCCAACCACCCCACCAUCACCACCCCACCACCCAGACCCCAUCACCCCACCAUCACAGUGGGUCCUCAGACCUAGCCAGCCCACCAUCACCCAGACCCAACCACCCCACCACCACAGUGGGUCUUCAGACCCAACCACCCAACCACCCCACCAUCACCCCACCACCACCCAGACCCAACCACCCCCCCACCACAGUGGGUCUUCAGACCCAACCACCCCACCAUCACCACCCCACCACCCAGACCCCAUCACCCCACCAUCACAGUGGGUCCUCAGACCUAGCCAGCCCACCAUCACCCAGACCCAACCACCCCACCACCACAGUGGGUCUUCAGACCCAACCACCCAACCACCCAACCACCCCACCAUCACCCCACCACCACCCAGACCCCAUCACCUCACCAUCACAGUGGGUCCUCAGACCUAGCCAGCCCACCAUCACAGUGGGUCCUCAGACCUAGCCAGCCCACCAUCACCCCACCACCCAGAUCCCACCACCCCACCACCAAGACCCCACCACCCCAACACCACAGUGGGUCCUCAGACCUAGCCAGCCCACCAUCACCCCACCUCUCUGUCACCAUGACACACAUGGACUACGAAUACACCCUGUUGGGUUCCUCGAUGGAGGACUACAGGAAGAGACCUCUGAAACUACAGGUGGACGACAGCCCCAUGAGCCUGUUUGCCGUUCUGGAGGUAAAACGUGACCCUAUCCAUCUCCACCGACCAUGGCCCUGGUGCACCCUGGGAUGUGGUACGAGCACCCUGACCUGCUUCAGGAAGGUUAAACUGUACAGCUUCCUGUUCGGCCUCACCGUCAUGUUCCUCAUCAUGGCUUCCUAUAUCCUCACUGGGGACAAGAAGGGCCUCCUCUUGACCCCGUCCCCGUAUCAUUUCUCUACGGUCCCUAACUCGGGGUCCGGGGCUGGGCCCUACCCCUUUAAUGUGUCUUCUGCCAAGGACUAUGCUACCAUUAAACUGGUGGUGAAGAACAUAGCGUCCAAGGUGGAGUUCAGUACGACUAGACAGCUGCCAGAACGUAAGGCACUAAUACACAGUGAGCCACAUAUGUUUUCCGUUAUCCCCCACAAGUUUCUUCCCAACGUCAAGAACCCUUGUUGGUACGAGGAGCACACCGGGAAUGUCACCAGGGACCCUUACAGGAAAAACCUUUACGCCCGUUACUCGCGCCGCUUCAGAACCGUGUUUGAGUACCUGAGGAAGGCUUUCCGAGAACACUUGUACCGCCGCGGGGGGAAACACUAUCGCAUGCGCUGCCUACCUUACUUCUACAUCAUAGGCCAGCCGAAGUGUGGCACCACAGACCUGUACGACAGGCUGCAGCUGCACCCGGAGGUCCGGUUCACCACCUUCAAAGAGCCUCACUGGUGGACCAGGAAGAGGUUUGGUAUAAUCCGUCUGAGUGAGGGGUUCCACGACCGUUACCCAGUAGAAGACUAUUUGGAUCUGUUUGACCUGGCAGCCUAUCAGAUCCAAGACAACCUGAUGGGAAACGCCCACUCCGGAGCCCCAGAGCAACACAACAUCAUCAUAGGAGAGGCCAGUGCCUCCACCAUGUGGGACAACAACGCCUGGCCGUAUUUCUAUGACAACUCGACUGAAGCGGAGGCGGAGCCACCCUUCCUCAUCCAGGACUUUAUCCACAUCCUUCAGCCCGACGCACGGUUCAUCGUCAUGCUGAGAGACCCUGUAGAGAGGCUGUACUCCGACUAUCUCUACUUUGGCAUCACUAAUAAGUCCGCGGAGGAUUUCCAGGACAAGGUGUCAGAGUCUCUCCAGCUGUUUGAAGGGUGCCUGACAGAGUGCACCAUGCGCUCCUGUGUGUACAACACUACGCUCAACAACGCCAUGCCAGUCAGGUUGCAGGUGGGCCUGUACAUAGUCUACAUACUAGACUGGUUGACGGUCUACAGUAGAGAACAGAUUCUGGUCCUACGGCUUGAAGAUCACGCUUCCAACAGGAAAUACACAAUGCACAAAGUCUUUGACUUCCUCAACUUGGGUCCGUUGACGGAGCAGAAGGAAGCAGAGAUCACUAAAAGCCCCGCCUCCAACACACGGCGGCCAGCAGAUAAGAACCUAGGACCCAUGCUCCCCGUAACCAAGGAGAUACUGAGGGACUUCUACACUCCGUUCAACAACAAACUGGCCAAGGUGCUCCGCAACGACUCUUUCAGAUGGGACAACUAUUCAGAACUCAUGUAAAGACUUGUUUUAAUGGGGGAAACCAUUCAGAACUCAUGUAAAGACUUGUUUUAAUGGGGGAAACCAUUCAGACCUCAAAUAAAGACUUGUUUUAAUGGGGGAAACCAUUCAGAACUCAUGUAAAGACUUGUUUUAAUGGGGGAAACCAUUCAGAACUCAUGUAAAGACUUGUUUUAAUGGGGGAAACCAUUCAGAACUCAUGUAAAGACUUGUUUUAAUGGGGGAAACCAUUCAGAACUCAUGUAAAGACUUGUUGUAAUGGGGGAAACCAUUCAGAACUCAUGUAAAGACUUGUUUUAAUGGGGAAACCAUUCAGAACUCAUGUAAAGACUUGUUUUAAUGGGGGAAACCAUUCAGAACUCAUGUAAAGAUUUGUUUUAAUGGGGGAAACCAUUCAGAACUCAUGUAAAGACUUUUUUUAAUGGGGCAAACCAUUCAGAACUCAUGUAAAGACUUGUUUUAAUGGGGGAAACCAUUCAGAACUCAUGUAAAGACUUGUUUUAAUGGGGGAAACCAUUCAGAACUCAUGUAAAGACUUGUUUUAAUGGGGGAAACCAUUCAGAACUCAUGUAAAGACUUGUUUUAAUGGGGGAAACCAUUCAGAACUCAUAUAAAGACUUGUUUUAAUGGGGGAAACCAUUCAGAGCUCAUAUAAAGACUUGUUUUAAUGGGGGAAACCAUUCAGAACUCGUAUAUCCCAGACAAUGCUCCAUCUACAUGUUUUGGGGCACUGUGCAAAUUUCAGGUCUGAUGAGCGCAAACUUAAACGUUGUGAAAAUUCUGUACAACUUCCAGCGUGCAUUUCCUGUGAACACUGGGGCUGUACCCGCGUUAAGUUACAGUUUUAACAGUGGCUAAGAAGGCUACUGUGGCUAUUGAUCAUAAUGUGGGCCUACCAGAGUGGCCUGCCAUCAAAAACAAUGGAGAAAAACGCAUCCCAUAACAUGUUAACAUGGAAAUAACUGUUCUAUCGUUCAGCCUACAGUAGCAGCCAAUGUGUGGUGUUCAAUGCCUACAUUCCAUCAGACUUUUGAAGAAAAAGAAAACAUGCCGUAUUUGACAUCCUGUUUAUCCACUUGUCCUUCAGAAACAGGCAGGUCAUUAACCUGUUUAUCCACUUGUCCUUCAGAAACAGGCAGGUCAUUAACCUGUUUAUCCACUUGUCCUUCAGAAACAGGCAGGUCAUUAACCUGUUUAUCCACUUGUCCUUCAGAAACAGGCAGGUCAUUAACCUGUUUAUCCACUUGUCCUUCAGAAACAGGCAGGUCAUUAACCUGUUUAUCCACUUGUCCUUCAGAAACAGGCAGGUCAUUAACCUGUUUAUCCACUUGUCCUUCAGAAACAGGCAGGUCAUUAACCUGUUUAUCCACUUGUCCUUCAGAAACAGGCAGGUCAUUAACCUGUUUAUCCACUUGUCCUUCAGAAACAGGCAGGUCAUUAACCUGUUUAUCCACUUGUCCUUCAGAAACAGGCAGGUCAUUAACCUGUUUAUCCACUUGUCCUUCAGAAACAGGCAGGUCAUUAACCUGUUUAUCCACUUGUCCUUCAGAAACAGGCAGGUCAUUAACCUGUUUAUCCACUUGUCCUUCAGAAACAGGCAGGUCAUUAACCUGUUUAUCCACUUGUCCUUCAGAAACAGGCAGGUCAUUAACCUGUUUAUCCACUUGUCCUUCAGAAACAGGCAGGUCAUUAACCUGUUUAUCCACUUGUCCUUCAGACAAGGAGGUGACUGGAAAUGUUGUUGUGUUGUUUGAUGCCAGAAACCACUUCACAAAAUAAAAUGCAUAAUUAUUCACAUUCCA